AUUGUUCAAUGACCUUCCUUUUUCUUUCCAUACAGCCCACCAGGCCACCAGGCUCCGAAUCGAAUCUCCGAUCUCAGGGUUGCGUCACAAGUAAGUUGUGGAAGAGGGUAGCAUGAAGUCACUCAAAGAAUAAAAGUCCCAAAGCUGUGCGCUGUCAUCCCUCAAAAAUAGAUCCCUUCUUUGGCACCGGCAAGUCGAUCACACUGCCCAAACAGAGCCGCAACGACGCCUCAACGAAGCCCAAGCGACUGUUCGAACACGUUAGAACAGUCCUAGCUAGCUAGAAGCGCUAGCUCUCCGGCUGUGGCCAUUCAAGUCCAGUGAAGGAGUCGCAAAUAACACUGCUAUAGAAGCUCUGCUACCACUUCACAUACAUUAUCCGCACUAUAAGUUUCGACUGUGCUACCACUUCAUUAGUUUCGACUGAGGUGCAUUAUUGAAUUGCAACAACGUUGCUGAUCUCUGAUUCAAUCCACAGCAACAACAAGAUGAGACUCGACGACGCCAUCAUCAGCAUCGCCUACUUUUCCAUCCCCGUACAGCUUGUGUUCUCGCUGUAUCGAUACCCCCGAUUGGCGUCGAUGCCACUGCGGAUCUUGAUUCUCUGCAUCCUCUUUGCCCUCUUUAUCUUCCUCUGCGGGGCCGGUCAUUUGAUGAGAUGCAUGGAUCAUGCCUACGGAACUUCCUUUCUCAUUCUGAACAUAAUGACAUCCUUCAUUUCCUUGGUCACCGCGCUCUACCUGCUACCGUUGGUACCGUCCUUAUUCAGUGACCUGGACUCAUCCCUCCAAGACCUCGUCAAUCUCAACAAAGAAACAGCCGAGUCCAAACGAAAGCUUUUCACGUUCAUGGCGUUCUUGUGCCACGAGAUCAGAAACCCGCUCUUUGCCAUCACGACGAAUGUCGAGUUUGCUCAGGACCUGGAAAUGAGUGCCGAUCUCGAGACGGCGCUCAACUCCAUUCAUCAAUCCACCGCCCUCAUGCUACGACUCGUCAAUGAUGUCCUCGAUUUGAGCAAGAUCGAGUCGGGAAAACUCGAGCUGGAAGAGCAGGAGUUUGAUGUCCAUGACUUCUUCCAAAAUGUCGCUUCCAGCAUGAAGAGACAAGUCCGGCACAAACGACGAGGAAAUGUCAAGUUUGUCUACAACAUCGAACAAUCCGUCCCACGAAUCGUUCGAUGCGAUUCGGUGCGAGUGUUGCAAACGACCUACAACCUGCUUAGCAAUGCGGUCAAAUUUACUUCCGAGGGGUCGAUUAACCUCUCGAUUUCGGUCUGUGACCUUGCCGAUGCUGUCAAGAACGGGCUGGUCAAGGGCUCCUUUGAUACUUGCACAAAAGGGAAUGCCAGCCAAGAAGAGUGUGACUGUGCUGGCGAGCACGAACAACCGGAAGAUUUCUCCAUGUCCUUGUUGCAGGCGGCAGAAGAAGGAAACUGCUAUUCUUCCGUCGUCAGUAGCGCCGAUGCUGGAGUGCAAGUCCUAAGGAUAGUGGUGGAGGAUACAGGGGUAGGGAUUCCAAUGGAGAAGAGAGAGAGUAUCUUUCAAGCCUAUACUCAAUCCAAACUUUCCGAUUAUCGAAAACAUGGAGGAACUGGUCUGGGGCUGCCUAUUAUAUCCAACCUGACCGAUAUUAUGGGGGGAACGAUCAAGGUGGAAACUCAAGAAGGGACGGGCUCAAAGUUCAUCGUUCACAUUCCCGUUGUCGUGCCUACGUUCCAGGGAAAACCGAAACGGAGAGGCUCCUUUGCAACGACCGGGGCACUGCUAGAGCUAAACGGGGAAGUAUCCACUGACGAUGAUUCUUCAGACAGCGAUUCAGAGACAUCUUGCAGCAGCAGUUCGGCUCUUGAUGCAUCGAUACCAGACGACACAACGACCAUCCCCAUGGUUGACACACUCGCAAACACAAAGCCGGCAUCCCUUUUUGCGCUUGACACACCCAUGCACGGUCCCGCUAGCACACGUCUCUUUGAUUUGACUUCGGUUCCGCCAUCUUCUCCUUCAACAAACAUCCUAGGUUCAACCUCAUGUACCGCAGCCACGACAUCUACUGGCGAAACGACAACUUCCAGUUCUUCUGCUUCUGCCGAGUCUGCCGCAAACACAAAUGACUCCUCUACAUUUUCUAAGACUUCAAAUGCUCUUGCACCUCUGCUUGCGGUGCCAAUGAAGACUAGUCAGGCGCCACCUUUGAAACCUCAACCACUUUUUGGUACCUCCAUGCCUGCGCCACCCGCUAAAGUGCCAAAACCCCAACCACUUUUCGGUGCCUCCGUGCCUGCUCCAAACACUGAAGUGCCAAAACCCCAACCACUUUUCGGCGCCUCCAUGCCUGCUCCAAACACUGAAGUGCCAAAACCCCAACCACUUUUCGGUGCCUCCGUACCUGCUCCAAACAGUGAAGUGCCAAAACCCCAACCACUUUUCGGCGCCUCCAUGCCCGCUACACAGACCGAAGCCCCUACAGUGGCUCCCACUUCAAGUACCUCUGCGCCCAGGAAGGCCAAGAAGCCACAGUUGUCUAAAUUCAACUUCAAGCAAAAUGAAAGGAAAGUGCUUGUUGUCGACGAUAAUUCGUUGAAUCGAAAAUUGCUUGGAAAGAUGCUUUCGUUUUUCAACUUGGAAUAUGAGCAAGCAGAGCAUGGGCAAAUGGCAGUUGAUAUCAUUGCAAAAUCUAGGAAUGUCACUGGAGAUCCCAAUGCUCCAGAGUUUGGUCUGGUGCUUAUGGACCUUUGUAUGCCUGUAAUGGACGGCAUAGAAGCAAUUGCAACGCUUAGAAAACGUGGGUUGCAGUUGCCUAUCAUUGCACUGACAGCAAAUGCACUAGAAGAGGGGAAGACGAGUGCCCUGGACGCUGGCGCCACCGACUAUGCAACGAAACCAAUCCUGCGGUCCGACCUUCACGCCAAAUGCAAAGAGUUCCUGGAAGGCGCUGUGUAG